CUUAUAAGUAAAAUUUUAAAGACUUAAAUGAAUAUUGAAUUAAAUCAAAAUAGAAAGACCUUUUAACCUGCUUUUCUUAAUUCCUCCUUAAAUUUUUGAGAUUGAUUGUUUUUGGGUUCAAAUAAAAGAAAAAGAAAUUGAGGUCAAAAGACAUUAUAUCCAAUUGUAGCCAUGUCUUAUGAGAAGCUCGUCUCGAAACUAGCAGCUCUAAAUUUCUAAUCCAAACCCAACCAGAUCCUUCUCCAUGUUGCCGCCGUCGCCACCACCACCCAAAAAAUCCCAUCAAAACGAGCUAGACCCAGGAAGCCGAGGCUUCAACCACCCUUUCUUUCAAUGCGCAGUCCUGGUCCUUCCAUGGCUAACCCCUCAAGAACUCGCUACAAUCUCCCUCACCUGCAAAACCCUUCACCAACUUUCCCUUUCCAUAACUCUCCACCGCUCCCUCGACGCUUCCAGAUCGUUUGAAAACCUUCCCAUCCCAUUUCAUAACACGGUCGAUCAAUACCCUUAUGCCCACUUCAUCUACACCCUUUCUCAAAUCAGCCCCUCCUCUUCUUCUUCUUUUCCUUCUUUAAAGCGCCAAUCUUGGGGACCCAAGUCGUCGCAGAGUCAGGUACCUUCUGGGUUGAGCUUGCCGGAUGCUGAAAUGGGUUGUGCUGAUGACUCGAUGACUCGACUUGGAGCAAGUUGGGUGGGUGUGGUGGACGCGUCGGGGUGUGAGUGCGAGAGGUGUGAAAAGGUGAGUGAAGAUAAUGUGAUUGGAUGUCCGUGCAUGGAGUUGGAGUGGUCCGAGGGGAUGGGGAUAAUGAGUGAAUGCGGACCGAGUUGCGGCUGCGGGUUGCAGUGUGGGAAUCGACUGAGCCAGAGAGGCAUACAAGUUAAGUUGAAGAUUGUAAGAGAUGUAAGAAAAGGAUGGGGCUUAUAUGCUGCUCAAUGGAUUCAGCGGGGGCAAUUCGUCUGUGAGUAUGCAGGUGAGCUUUUAACAACAAAAGAAGCUAGGAGGAGGCAACAAAUCUAUGAUGAACUUGCUUCAGACAGCCACUUUUCUUCUGCUCUGCUAGUUGUGAGAGAACAUCUUCCAUCUGGGAAGGCAUGCUUGAGGAUUAAUAUAGAUGCCACAAGAGCUGGAAAUGUUGCUCGCUUCAUUAACCAUUCUUGUGAUGGUGGUAAUUUAUCAACAGUACUUGUGAGAAGGUCAGGAGCUUUGUUGCCUCAUCUAUGUUUCUUUGCUUCAAAAGACAUAAAAGAAGAUAAGGAGCUCACUUUUAGCUAUGGCGAAAUUAGAGUCAGGCCGAAGGGCUUGAAAUGUUUCUGUAGCAGCUCUUGUUGUUUUGGAACUUUGCCUUCAGAACAUACUUGAAAAAUACCUAAGCUCUCAUUAACCGAAAGCAUUGCUCCACAAUUGACUGGUGAUGCUCAUAAAAUUGUAAAUUAAUUGUCCCAACCAAAUGUAUAGCCAUGAGAUUUAAGGCAAUCAAGCAAGCCCAAUUUGAGGCUAAUUUUCUGUUGUUUCUUUUCAAGAGAACCAUGCUAGAGAACCUUUGUUUUUUGGUACACAGAGCACUGCAAGUAGAACUUUUCAAUAUCUACAUGUUAGAAAUCCAGGAUUCCAUCUAACCCCUCGUUGCGUUCAAAUCCAAGCCCCUUUUCGCCUCCAACUGCACUGUGGGGUACAUUUGGAUAGCAUUAGCACCCCAAUUAUGCAGUUGAAGGUUUUCAACUUCACUGCCUCCUCAGUUAGAGGUGGGAAGGGGAAGGGUCUAAACCUUAGACACUUGACUGUCUUGGUGUAAAUUCAAAUAUAAGACAUUUUUCAAUUAUGGCAGUUAAGUGUGAUAUCUAAUCUCACUGUUAUUUAUAUCCAAAAAUACAUAUCCCCAUCACUGAUAUUAAUGUUAUUACUACAAUAUUCAACCUCAUUGUUAUAAUAAUUAAUUUCAUCGACACUAUUGUUUUUAAUCUCAUUGGAGUCGUUUUUAUCGUUCAUGAAAAAUGGACCCUUAGUCAAAAUUGAAGUUUCAUUCCUUCUGGAAGCAUAAAUUACCUAGCUUGCUAAUUGGACAAGGAGAGCAACAGUAUGUGUUUUUGUUCUCCAUCUGUUGACGAUUUACGGUCUUGAUUCUUGUCCAAAUUCGUUUGUCUCAGAAAAUAUGCUCCAGUUCUCUGACUCUACCCUCCUUUUCUCAAAUGCAACUACAGUUUGUCUUGUCUGUUCAAGAUGUCAGUUUUGUUGUAGCUUAGGUUGAUGGUACAAGUUAACUAGCUAGGACAACUAUGUUCGGUUCCAUUUGGACAUAAGA